GCGGGAAGUUUGAUUUCCUUGGCGGGCGGAAGCGAGCUGUUCUGGUGAUCGAAAAGAUUCCUAGUAGGAAUUUCUCAUAUCCAGGGUUUUCCCGGGAGGGCUGGCUGGCUCCUCUGUCCUUUUGUCGGUCCCGCCCAGUCCGGCCCUCCACCCCUCAGAGUCCAAAUCCUCUUCCUUCACCUCAGAGUAGUGGCUUCAGAGGCUCACGCCAAAAGGGUGCCCGGAAGACGGCAACGGUUCUUUUUGUCAUUUUGAAUAAGCUUCCAGGUGGACAAUGAAAGAUUAUGAUGAACUUCUCAAAUACUACGAAUUAUAUGAAACUAUUGGGACAGGUGGCUUUGCGAAGGUCAAACUUGCCUGCCAUAUCCUCACUGGAGAAAUGGUGGCUAUAAAAAUCAUGGAUAAAAGUGCACUAGGGAGUGAUCUGCCUCGGAUCAAAACAGAGAUUGACGCCUUGAAGAAUCUGAGACACCAGCAUAUAUGUCAACUCUAUCAUGUACUAGAGACAGCCAACAAAAUAUUCAUAGUUCUUGAGUACUGUCCCGGAGGAGAGCUGUUUGACUACAUAAUUUCCCAGGAUCGCCUGUCGGAGGAGGAGACCCGGGUUGUCUUCCGUCAGAUAGUAGCUUCAGUUGCUUAUGUGCACAGCCAGGGCUAUGCUCACAGGGACAUCAAACCAGAGAAUUUCUUAUUUGAUGAAUAUCAUAAAGUAAAGCUGAUUGACUUUGGGCUCUGUGCAAAACCUAAGGGUAAUAAGGAUUACCAUCUACAGACGUGCUGUGGAAGUCUUGCUUAUGCAGCGCCUGAGUUAAUACAAGGCAAAUCAUAUCUUGGAUCAGAGGCAGAUGUGUGGAGCAUGGGCAUACUCUUAUAUGUACUUAUGUGUGGCUUUCUACCAUUUGAUGAUGAUAAUGUUAUGGCUUUGUACAAGAAGAUUAUGAGAGGGAAAUAUGAUGUUCCUAAGUGGCUCUCUCCCAGUAGCAUUCUGCUUCUUCAGCAAAUGCUGCAGGUGGACCCAAAGAAACGGAUUUCUAUGAAAAAUCUGUUGAACCAUCCCUGGAUCAUGCAAGAUUAUAACUGUCCUGUUGAGUGGCAAAGCAAGAAUCCUUUUAUUCACCUUGAUGAUGAUUGUGUAACAGAACUUUCUGUACAUCAUAGAAACAACAGGCAAACAAUGGAGGAUUUAAUUUCAUUGUGGCAAUAUGAUCACCUCACAGCCACCUAUCUUCUGCUUCUAGCCAAGAAGGCUCGGGGAAAACCAGUUCGUUUAUGGCUUCCUUCUUUUUCCUGUGAACCUACUAGUGCCACCCCAAAGGUAAAUACUAGAACAAAAAAUCUGAGUCUGGAAGAUGUGACCACAGGUGGUGAAAAUUAUGUGGCUGGAUUAAUAGACUAUGAAUGGUGUGAAGACAAUUUAUCAACUCCCCAAACACCACAGUUUACCAAGCAUUGGACAGAAUCAAAUGGCCUAGAGUCUAAAUCAUUAACUCCGGUACCAUGCAGAGCAUCUGCAAAUAAAUUAAAGAACAAAGAGAAUGUAUAUACUCCUAAGACCACUAUAAAGAAUGAAGAGAACUUUAUGUUUCCUGAGCCUAAGACUCCAGUUAAUAAGAACCAACAUAAAAGAGAAAUACUUACUACACCAAAUCAUUACACUACACCCUCAAAAGCCAGAAACCAGUGCCAGAAAGAAACCCCAAUUAAAACAGCAAUGAAUUCAGUAGGAACAGACAAGUUAAUGACAGGUGUCAUUAGUCCUGAGAGGCGGUGCCGCUCAGUGGAAGUGGAUCUCAACCAGGCACAUAUAGAGGAUACUCCAAAAAGAAAAGGAACCAAAGUGUUUGGGAGCCUUGAAAGGGGAUUGGAUAAGGUUAUCACGGUGCUUACCAGGAGCAAAAGGAAGGGCUGUGCCAAAGACGGGCCGAGAAGGAUGAAGCUUCACUAUAAUGUGACUACGACCAAACUAGUGAAUCCUGAUCAACUCUUGAAUGAAUUAAUGUCUGUUCUCCCAAAGAAGCAUGUUGACUUUGUACAAAAGGGCUAUACACUGAAGUGUCAAACACAGUCAGAUUUUGGCAAAGUGACAAUGCAGUUUGAACUAGAAGUAUGCCAGCUUCAAAAGCCUGACGUGGUGGGUAUCAGGAGGCAGAGACUUAAGGGUGAUGCCUGGGUUUACAAGAGAUUAGUGGAAGAUAUCCUGUCUAGCUGCAAGGUGUAAUUGAUGGAUGGUUUCUAUCCUGCCUGCUUGAACAUGAGUGUGAUAUAGCCUACAUGGAGACUGGUAUAAUUAGUUUGAUUUUAAAGUCCAUUGGAACUACAAACUCAUUUCUAAAGAGCUGUCUUAAAGACUAAUACCUUUUUGCCUUUAAAUAAAAAGUAUUAUUUUGUGAAUGAAACUAAGGCAAGCCCAUCUGUCAUUAUCUGUUACUGUCUCUUUUAAUCAUGUGGCAUUGUUUAUUAAUAAUUGUUGACUUUCCUAGAUUCUGAUCCGUAUGUGGAUGUAAGCUCUUACCUAUGUCUCCUUUUAAUGUAUAAUUUCUUUCUGAAAUAAAACUAUUC